UUACAAGGAUAACGACCCUCUCACUUCAUUAAGUACAAACAUAUUCAUAAAAGAGUUGGCAGUUAGCGGGUUAGCUUCACGAAUUAGCUAUCAGCUAACGCUACUUGUCUACUAGUAUUAAGCUAGGUAUUACUCACUACGUUAGUGUUUGGUCAAAUUACAAACCUUACUACGUGCUGCCACAUGUAGUACUUGUUAUCAGAGUUAAGAUGAGUCUAAGAAAGCAGACGCCGAGUGACUUUCUGAAGCAGAUAAUUGGGAGACCUGUGGUCGUCAAACUGAACUCUGGUGUCGACUACAGAGGUGUCCUAGCCUGCCUGGAUGGUUACAUGAACAUUGCCAUAGAGCAGACUGAAGAGUACGUCAAUGGGCAGCUCAAGAACAAGUAUGGAGAUGCUUUUCUGAGAGGAAACAAUGUCCUGUACAUCAGCACCCAGAAGAGGAAAGUGUAGUGAAGAUCAUUCAGAAUUUAUUAUUUUAUUUUGCCAGUGUUUGAUGUGUCAGUGGAAAACUGCCCUAUGUUUUUGGUUAUGUAAAACUUGAAGUCCUGAAUGUAUGUUUUUUUGAAUACGUUAAUAAAUCCUGAGUUUUGAUUUA